AUGGCGGUGCGCGGAAGACUGAACUCUCGCAUUGACGACCACUCCUCUUUCUCUCACAGGAGCCUCUUGGCCUCUUCCCCCUCCGACUCCUCCUCUCUCACCUUCCGUAUUCCCGCUGUCCCCCGUGCCUCUCCGCCCCACUGCCCGCACGAUCGGCUGGCAGCGGCGGCGCUGAAGGAGUGUGCGGCGGAGUGGGGGAUGAGCGCGACGGGGUGGGCGCGGGGCGCGGAGUGCGCACAGGCGCAGGCCAUCACAUGCGAUGGCGAUGGCAUGGUGACGUCACUGGACGUGGCGCAGAGGAACCUCACCGGCUCCCUGCCCUUCGCCCUCUCCGCCCUCUCCCGCCUCCACUCCCUUAAUGUGCGCAGCAACCAAUUGUCGGGACCUCUGCCGCCCGCCCUCUCCACUCUCGCCCGCCUGCGCACCCUGGGAGCGAGCCAGCUGCUGGUCAUCUUCUGCUCGCUGCUGGUCAUCUUCUGCUCUCUUUCGUUGUACAGCAAUCGCUUCACGGGGCCCGUCUUACCAGCCAUCUCACGCCUGCACCGACUUGCGUUUCUAGAAAUGGAUUUGAACGACUUGAACACACCACUGCCGCGAGAAAUCAGCCAUCUCACAGCCCUCUCCUUCCUGAGCAUGGGAUAUACUGGCCUCUCAGGCCCGCUGCCCGACACCAUCGCUGCCCUCACAGCCCUUCAGUACAUGUACGCGCCAUCCAACGGCAUCACAGGGAGCAUCCCGUCCAGCAUUGCAGCCCUUUCGCGCCUCAAGUUCUUGGUGCUGAGUCAGAACCCCUACCUCACGGGCUCCCUGCCUCACGCCCUCUCGCGCCUCACCACCCUCCAGCAGCUGUCAGUCCCUCCCCUCCUCUGCCCUCCCCUCCCCUCCCGUCCCCUCCCCUCCCCUCCCUCCUUCCCCACCAUCCGCUCUGUCCCUCCUCCUGCGUUUCUCGCAUUUGACUCUUCACCGCCCUGUACCAUCUCUCACCAUUCUGCUUCGCUGCCCCCUACAGCACCUGUGCUGCUCCAUCUCAUCCCGCAACUUCUCUCUCCCGCUCGCCGUCCCUCCCAUUUCGCCGCUCUCCCCUCCGCAUCUCUCGUCCCUGCCAAGUCCUGUCCCACUCCCAUGCUUUCAGCAUCCCCUUUUUUCGUGCCAUGCCUCAUCCCCUUCUCUUAUGCCAUCUUUCCCAUUCCCACCCUUCCCCCUUCCCCCUUCCGCUUCCCCCUUCUCCCCCCUCCCCUCCCCAUCCCCCCUUCUCCCCCCCCCUCCUUCCCCUUCACCCCUCCCCCUUCCCCCCCCUUCCAUAUUCCCCGUUCCCCCUUCCCUCGUGCCCCUGUGGUGCCCUCCCCCCCCCAGGCUACUGGGAGGCACGGCCAUAUCGGGCCACGUGCCGCGCUUCCUCGCCGCCCUCACUCGCCUCUCCACCCUGUGCGCCCCUGCCCCCUUUUCCGCCCCUGCCCCCUUUUCCUCCCCUGCCCCCUUUUCCUCCCCUGCCCCCUUUUCCUCCCCUGCCCCCUUUUCCUCCCCUGCCCCCGUUUCCUCCCCUGCCCCCUUUUCCUCCCUUGCCCCCUUUUCCUCCCCUGCCCCCUUUUCCUCCCCUGCCCCCUUUUCCUCCCCUGCCCCCUUUUCCUCCCCUGCCCUCUUUUCCUCCCCUUCCCAACCUCUGCGCCGCCCUCCGCCCUCUCCUGCCCGUCCUGCGGGUGUGGCGUCCACCUCCUGCCUGCCAUGUCCGUGCCUUUCAACAACCCACUCAACGCCUUUCAACAACCCACUCAACGCCUUUCAACAACCCACUCAAUGCCCUCCCAUGCUUCUUGUCUCCCUCUCCUCACUUCACUCUCACCUUCCUCUGGUCUGGUUGGUCUCUGUCUCCCCUCCUUGCUCCCCUUUGUCUCACUUUCCCGCCCGCAUUCUACUCAAAAGGAUGAUGAGCUGACACUGCCUCUGUGUGCCCAUCUGCCCUCUGUGUGCCCAUCUGCCCUCUGUGUGCCCAUCUGCUCUCUGUGUGCCCAUCUGCCCUCUGUGUGCCCAUCUGCCCUCUGUGUGCCCAUCUGCCCUCUGUGUGCCCAUCUGCCCUCUGUGUGCCCAUCUGCUCUCUGUGUGCCCAUCUGCCCUCUGUGUGCCCAUCUGCCCUCUGUGUGCCCAUCUGCCCUCUGUGUGCCCAUCUGCCCUCUGUGUGCCCAUCUGCCCUCUGUGUGCCCAUCUGCCCUCUGUGUGCCCAUCUGCCCUCUGUGUGCCCAUCUGCCCUCUGUGUGCCCAUCUGCCCUCUGUGUGCCCAUCUGCCCUCUGUGUGCCCAUCUGCCCUCUGUGUGCCCAUCUGCCCUCUGUGUGCCCAUCUGCCCUCUGUGUGCCCAUCUGCCCUCUGUGUGCCCAUCUGCCCUCUGUGUGCCCAUCUGCCCUCUGUGUGCCCAUCUGCCCUCUGUGUGCCCAUCUGCCCUCUGUGUGCCCAUCUGCCCUCUGUGUGCCCAUCUGCCCUCUGUGUGCCCAUCUGCCCUCUGUGUGCCCAUCUGCCCUCUGUGUGCCCAUCUGCCCUCUGUGUGCCCAUCUGCCCUCUGUGUGCCCAUCUGCCCUCUGUGUGCCCAUCUGCCCUCUGUGUGCCCAUCUGCCCUCUGUGUGCCCAUCUGCCCUCUGUGUGCCCAUCUGCCCUCUGUGUGCCCAUCUGCCCUCUGUGUGCCCAUCUGCCCUCUGUGUGCCCAUCUGCCCUUUGGUGCAUCAUCUUUCACUGCAACCAUGCCCAAGCACACCCCCCCCUGCCCGCACAUUCCCCUUGCUGACGUCAUCAGGGCCACCAAUGGGUGGGCAGCGGGGCGGAGGGUGGGGGGAGGCAGGUGGAGUGACGUGUACUGGGGGGAAUGGGGGGAGUGGGGGGAGGAAGGGGAGGGGGAAAAGGGUGCGGACGGGGCCAAGGGGGAGAAGGAUGAUGCGACUGGAACAGAAGGAGAAGGGAAGCCGGAAGGGGGAGAGGUGGGGAAAGGGUGGGAGAGAAAGCAGGGGGUGCGUGCAGGGAGGGGGAGGGUGCGGGGGCGGGGGGGCGAGUGGGCAGUGAAGCGCAUGAGAGGAGAGGGGGCGCAGUGGGCGUCAGUGGAGGCCCACGCGGCUGCCUUGGCGCGCCUGAGACACCCCAACGUGCUCCGCCUCGUGGGGUGCUGCUGCUGGCCGGGCGAGGGUGACAGCGAGAGGCUGCACGAUGCAGGGCAGGGGGGUGUGCGGGAGGAGGGCGUGCAGGAGGGGCGGAAUGGGGGAGAGGGAGGGGGCGGGCAGGGGGGUGGGGGAGGGCAGGUGUUGGUGUACGAAUGGAUGGAGAGGGGCAGCGUGCAGGCGCUGCUGCAAACAGCCGCACAGGCAGGCGUCAGCCCGGUGUCGCUGCGGCAGCGGGUGGGCAUCACAGCGGGCGUGCUGAGGGCGCUCAAGGCGGUGCAGAGCCACGGGCGGGUGCACGGCGACCUCAAGCCCUCCAACGUCAUGCUCUCUGCCGCCUGGGAGGCACGGGUGGGCGACUGGAGUGCGGUGCGCAUGGGGCAGCGCGUGCACGUGGACAUGGGCAUGGGCAACGGCAACGACAAAGGCCUGGGCGGGUGUCCGGAAGGUUCCUGGAGGAGCGGGAGUGGGGAAGGCGUUGACAAUGAGGGUGGCAUGAGUGGCAGCACUGGGAGCAGUAGCAAGAGUGGCAGCAGCAGCAAGAGUGGCAGCAGCAGCACGAGUGGCAGCAGCAGCAAGAGUGGUAACAGCAGCACGAGUGGUAGCAGCAGCACGAGUGGUAGCAGCAGCAAUAGUCGCAGCACUGGGAGUUGGAGGGAAAGCAGCAUGUGGAGUGGCAGCAGCAAUGGCAGUGGAGGGUGGCGAGUGGUAGUGUUGCGGUGCACGGAGGGGCAUGUGGACCCUGCUGUGCUGCACACCGGCAUUGCCUCCGCCACCGCAGACAUGUUCAGCGUGGGCGUGCUGCUGCUGCAGCUGCUCACGGGGUGGCCUGCGCCCUACGAGCAUGUGGAUGGGCAGCGCACGCACAUCUGUGACUGG